AUGAAGCUCGCCCUCGGCCUACUCUUUGCCGCCCUCGUCGCCGCCACGCCUGUCCCUAACGCCGACGCUGAGGCCGACGCUGCCGACGAUGUCACCAAGCCCCGUCCCAUGUUCCCUUGGGUUAAGCCGGUGCCCGGCAAGUGUAUACAGAUCUACUGCAUUCGCGCGCCUUGUCUCCACAACUGCUGUGACGGCGCCCAUUACUGCCCCAUAGGCUACUCGUGCUUCGGCAACCCGAGGAGGUGCUGCCCUCCGGGCUGGUGGUGUGAUGCCCCUGGCGGCCCGCGCAACUGCAAUAUCGAGACCUGCUAA